CGAAAAAUUCUUUAAAAUUUUUCCUCUUUAUUUUCAGUCCACAUUUUCUUCUCUCCCUGAAUUGCUAUCCAAACAUAAGCAAAGCAACUUUAUUGCCUAUUUAACAUCAUCAUCAUUUUCUGGAAACCAAAAUCUAUGUACGAGAGAAAUCUAUGUUCUCUUAGAAAACAAAGGGAAACCCGCUCAUAAUUCAUCACUACACUACUGAUGCAGAAUAAAAGGAAUACAAGCCUAUUAUUUAUAUCUUCUUGUGGGUUUACAAAAGGAAAUGAAAUGGGGUUCAAGAAAUUCAAAUUUUCCCUCUUUGCCACAAUGGUAAUAUUCUUGCAGCUUCAUCUUCUUCUUCCUCCUCUGCAUGCACUUCCACUGCUAAAUACCUCCACAGCUACAGACUUCCAUCAGGAACAAAAAGCUAUAAAUGAAAAAAUUGGCGAAGAUAAGGGGAUGACAGGAGAGCUAACUGUUUCAAUAGGGAUAAAGCGAGUAGUAUCAGUAGACAGAAAGGGAGGUGGCGGUGGCCAUGGUGGAGGAGGUCAUUCAACUGGAAGCGGCGCGCACGGUGGAGAGGCUUCAGGUAAUGGUAAUGUUGGGAAUGACCACGGUGCAACCGUAGUUCCUUUAUAUGCUGCUGGGGCUAUGGGUCAUCGCCAGAAUAAUCACCACCAUCAUGGUGCAAAUGAAGCCACCCCAACCUCUGUUGGUCCAAGCUAUUUGGUUCUUGCGGUCUUGGUUGUUAGUUUUAUUCAGCAUUUUGCACAGCUUUAAGUCUGUGAGUAUAUGAGGGCUAAAAACAAAUAGACGACAGAUGUGUGAGGUUUUUGUUUGUUGCUUUCUUUUCUCAAAUUUGAUAGAGUAUACAGUGCAAAUGUGUAAAAUAACAUGCAUCAUAAUCAUACUAUACAUUUGUAGUAUUGCAUA